AUUAACUCCUUUAGUAUACUUCAAGUAGAUUAUUUAGCUCAUUCUGUACCAUAGUGAAGUGAUUUAUUUAAUUUCUUGUUCACAGAAUGUUUUUGAAGUCCUUCAGACUUAGAUUUCUCACCUGAAAUACAGACCUGGUAAUCAUAGUCUUUAUGACAGUGUUACUCAGAAUAAUUUAAAAAAUAAAUCUAGGAAUAACAAAAAUAGGUACUAUAUGAAAUACUUGCAAUUGCUUACAUACUUUCUCAAUGAAACUCAGCUUCAGUCCCUUUCUGUUUUCCUCUAUAUCUGAGAUACUGUUUAUUUCUGUAAAUUUGCUGAUUAAAAUUCUGUCAAUAUGGGCUUGACCAUAUUAGAAUUUGGGAAAUUGCAUGGCUGUUUCAUCCAGAAUGUCAAUAAUUGUGUCUUUCAGUUAAUAAGAUGGAAACUUAAAACUUAUUUUUUAGGAUACAGCUGCUUACUUUUCUACAGAUUUCAUAUUAAUGAACUUAAGGUUUUAAAUAUGACAUUCAUAGCAUUACAGGUGUCAGGGUAUAUUUACAAGGAAGCAUAAAAAGAAAAAUCAUUGCUGGACUAGAAAAAAAAAAAUAUUGUCCUGUGCAUUGAUUUGUUCAUGCUCUAAAUUUUGUGGGGAUUUUUUAGCAGUGACUUUGCUGUAAUUAAGUGAGAAAAUGUGGUCACCCAAGGGACUUUCUACCCAUUCACUGUGUAAAUUUCUUGCAGUGAUUCCUGUGGAAGUCAGAGAGGCAAAGAAACACUUACCUCAAAAAAAAAACAAAAACAAAAACAAAAACAACCAUUUAGACUGAAUAAUUCUUCACAUUCUUAAGGAUUUAUUAAUUUUCUUCUCACUAUCUUGGCCUAAUGUACUUAUGUUUGGCCCAUGAUGCUCUGUAAACCUGAGACUUAUUACCAACCACAGAAAAUGGAAACAGAACAUGGAAGUGCAGAAUAGAAGACUGACAGCUGUGAAAGAUUGUGUUUUGAUUCCAUCAUCAAAUAAACGGGAUUCUUUUAAAUUUUGGGACAUUAAUUUAAAAUAGGUAUUCAGCAUUAUUUUUUACAUGUAGAAAACAGUGAUACCUCUUCAAACUUAAAUUAUUCCUUGAACAGAGUGAUUUUUUUGGGUUAUUCGUGAUUGAUUGUAAAUACUUCUGUAAAUAUUCAAACCUUUUUUAUUUGUUUGGCCUGGCUUACUUAUGAGGUGAACACUGAGAGGAAAAUUAAGACAGCUUUAGUGUGAGGAAGCUGGGUUGUUGUUAAGGUAAGACAGUAAUGAUUUUUAUCUUCUUGUUACAGAUAAUCUAGUGCUACCUUCCAUGUGAUUCAGACGUUCUCUUGUAAAGCAUCUGCACAAGUGUAGGUUUCUGUCUGAAGGUGUCAGUAAUGUAACAUGAUAAAUCUUUUUUCUGGUUUCAGUGUGAAUUUGUCCUAGAAUUGUCUGGACCACAAUUUAACUCCUCACUGUAAGAAGUAGUGUUGAUCUCUGUUUGGGGUAUUCUUUUUCAAAGGUUUGGUUUAGAUCCAUCUCCAGUCUCUAUGAAUGGUAAACAAUGAUGAUAAAAUUAGUUUUUUGGGUUUGUAUAGUUUCCAGAAAAGGAGUGAAACCUUUCCCCUGAGGCCAACAUCAGAAAUCAUUGUUUAGUUUGGAUUUUCUCAAUAGUUUACAAAUGUGGGUGUAAUGUAGUGAUGUUAUCCUAAUCUAAAUCCUGGACUUUUCCUGGAAAAUGAAAUCAUGUGACUUGAUUCAUCCUCUCACUUCUCUGCCAAGGCUCAGAGAUGAACAGUGUGCUGGAAAGAAACAUUUUCCAUGCAGAGAGUGUCUGAUUCAUACAAGCUCACUACCUUCUCUCACCAUGGAAGUGUUCCAGUAUCAGCUACUCAGUCUUGUUGGGGGUCUGAUCUGUUUCUGUACUCUGAUAAAAUGCAUCAGAUUUAUGAGAGACCUUUUUCCAUAUAUCUGAAGUUCUUUGCCUUAGGUUUUCUUUUGGUCAAUGGGAGAACAUGCAGAGCAUGCAGAGCUAGCAGAAAAAUUGCUACAUCAUCCUGCUCUGCCAUCUCAGUUCUGGUCUGCUGGACCAAAAGCAGGGUUGAAACAUUUGAAUCAGAACGAGUUUUUGAUUCGUAGGGACCCUACAGUUCUGAAUCCCUACGAUACAGUUAAAGAAAGACAAAAGUUACUGGAGCUGGCCACAGAUCAAAAAGUGAAGGUUAUACAAGCUGAUUUCACUAAAAAUUCAGUGUACAAAAACGUUGAAAAAGAUCUGAAGGACUUGUAUAUUGGUAUUCUGGUUAGCAAUGUUGGAAUGAUUCAUAAUCCUCUUCCAUGCUAUUUCCUUAAUGGACCAAACAUAGAAGAGGACCUUGUCAACUGCAAUAUUAUUUCUGUUCCAGGUAAGUAUUUGACAAAAAUUAUUUUGAAACAAGUGCAAAUAAAUCAGAAAGUUCUAAUUCUGAAUCUGUCCUCUGGUUUGAGUACUUUCCCUUGUCCAUUAUAUAUCAUGUACUCAGUUGCUAAGCUAAAGUUUAGAUUGCAGAAAAAAAAAAGAGCUAUUAUUGCGAUUCCUUAUGGUGUUUCUGCUCCAAUGACAAUGUACCAAAACCUGGGUGUUAUUACAAAGACAGCAGAAGAGUUUGUUAGUGAGUCGCUGGAGUAUGUCACCUUUGGAGAUGAGAUUUUUGGAUGUUUCACCCAUCAAAUUUUGAUUGAAUUUGGUCCUAUAUAAAUGUCUUCCAAAGACUCCAGUCACGUCUAUUCUUUCCACAUUUUCAUGGACCUUGGACAUCAAAUGAGAAAGAGACAAUGGGUUGUUAAGGGUAAUAUUGCACCAGUAAAAUAUGAAGAGAGGAAUACACAAGAGAAGUGUAGUGGUAACAGCACAGUAUGGUUCUCUCUGCUUAUGAGCCUUGAGCUGAGCUCAGUUUCAUGUCUGGUUAGUCUUUAUCCUCUCUCCAGCUGCCUGUAUUCAUGACCUUGCUAAGGAAUUUUCCAAGACCUCUACUCCUUCAGAAAAAUUGUCCAGCAAUUUCAAAAGUUAUUAGUUGGGGAGAGGAAGGACAUAAAACCUUAGAAUGUACUAUCACAAAGACAUCAUUUCCUUGGAUACCAUGCUAACAAAAUAGAGUAAAUAUUUAUACACAACAGCUGUUAAUGAUGAGCAUUAAAUGCAAGUAUAAGAAAGGCAAAGGAUUUUCUGAAAGCAGAGGAAUUACACAUUUUCCUCUAAGAGAAGUGUAGUUGCUGAAAGCCUGAAGUAAAAGCUUUUGUGGGCCUUAUGUAGGCUCUAAGAAAUUUAUAUUACCAUUUUAACAUAAUCUUAAAUUAUGCUUAUUUGAUAUUUAUUAAUAAAACAAUAAUUUGCUUUAUUUCCAUCUUGUUCACACUGUAUUUUCAUGCUUUCAGUGAGUGUUUUGUGUCUGUGGUUUCUUUGGAAAAGGAAAUUCGCAAGAAGAUAAAAAGAAAUCUCUCAAAAUGUAAAAUACACCCUGGACUUUGGAAAGUCUGCAAUGAUAAAAAAAUUAUUUCUUUCCAGAGCCUGUGAACAGCUCUGCAAUAUCCAAUAUGAGAUAGAAGAGGCAGCAACAUAGGAAAAGGAUGCACAGUAAUUCUAGACUGCUGAAUGAAUCCAGAGGACAAGUGUUUUGACUGGAUGCCUGUCAAAUCAAACUGGGUGCUAUUAAAAGGUAUUUCAAGGACAAUGCAAUCACCAAGCAUAGUCAUUGUGGGAUUAUGAAAGCAAUGUCCUGCCUAAUUAAUUUGACACCCAUCUAGAAUAGAGUUACUUGCCUAGUGGAUGAAAAGAAGGUGGUGGGUAAGGCUUUUCUUUCUUUUUAGUAAUAUUUAGUAAGAUUUUGGUAAGAUUUUUUGUGCUGUCUCUCAAAGUGUUCUUCUGGACAAGCUGUUGUGAUGGUCAGGUUCACAGUGUGCUGGAUGAAGAACUGGCUGAAUGUCAGAACUUCAGGGGGUUUAGUGUGUGGGGCUGCAUCUGCCCAGUGAGCAAUCACCAGUGGUGUUCCUCAGGAAUUCACUGUGGGACCAGUUCUGGUCAACAAGUUUACCAAUGAUCUGGAUGCAGGACUUGAAGGGCCAUUUGCUGACAACACUGAACUAGGAGAUGCUACUGACUCUCUUCAGAGACAAGAGGCCUUGCAGAGGGAUCUGAAAUAGAUUGGAGCACUGGGUAAUUAUCAGUGGCAUGAAAUUAAGCAAGAACAAAUCCAGAUUCUGCCCCUGGGAUGCAGUAAAGCUGGGCACAAGUAAAAGCUGGGAGAGGAGUGUGUGUAGGGCAGCCCUGCAAAAGGGAUCUGGGGGUGCUGGUCAGAGCAGCUCAGGGUGAGCCAGCAGUGUGUGCCUGGGCAGCCAGGAGGGCAAACCCAUCCCGGGGUGCAUCAGACACAGCAUCACCAGCUGUGAUUGGGAUCAUCCUGCUGCAUUCAGCCCUGCUGCAGCCUCACCCUGGGUCUGUGUGCAGCGCUGGGCCCCACACUCUGAGAAGGGUGGGCAGGUCCUGGAACGGGGCAGAGGAGGACAGCAGAGCUGGUGGAAGGGCUGGAAGGCACAUCCUGUGAGGAGCGGCUGAGGGCUCUGGGUUUGUCUGGUUUGGAGAGAAGGAGGCUCAGGGGUGACCUCACUGCUCUGUACAGCUCCCUGGGGAGCAGACCUGGAGAGGGAGUGCUGGUCUCUUCUCUCUGCUCUGGACAUUAGGAAGCACCUCCCUACUGAGAGAAUGGUGAAACACUGUCACAGGCUUCCUAGAAAGGUGGUUGAUGUCCGGCGGCUGUCAGUACCUCUGGACAGUGCCAUUCACAUUGGGUUUUUACUGCUAUCUGGCCCUGAAGUGG